UGAGUAGACUCUGAUAAAUGUGCCUUAGGUACAUAAUAAAAUAAAAGCAUUAGUCCUCGAUUACCCGGCAAGCAUAACGUUAUUUUUGGUUUCAUUGAAAUUCCCUCAAAAAUGUUUGCAGUAUAUUCGAUCGGUCAUGUGGCUGCUUACGAGGAAGUAGAUGGCCGCCAGCAGGAUCCAUCGCUUCAUCUGACUCCUGAGCAGCGCUGUGAAUGGGAAAUGAAAUCCAUAAUCCUUUUGGCCCAAAAAGAGCACGAGGACCGGAUUCGCAAUCAAGUUAUAGCUGCAAUGAAGCAGCGCGCGGACCAAGAAUUAGUCAAGCGUCGAGAUAUAAAUCCCUUCCCCCACAAUUUGAUCAGGGAACCAAUGGUCGACGAUGAGGAGGUCAAGGCACUGCUGGACUUGGCCGCUUCGUUGGAGAACAAUAGUGAAAAUGACGAAGACAACGAGGCUUUCUAACUGCACCAAUUAUAUAGAGUGCAUACGUGGACUGAAUUAAAAGAGAAACUUAUUAUUGAUCAAACUAUUCAAUGGAAUAAACAACGGAAUGACUGAAAUGCA